GCUGUUGGAGAUGAAGCCGGUGUGAAGCCGCAGCGGCAGGCCUCCAUGUCCCAUGGGCCCGCUGAACAAGACGUGGUACUAGCCACAAUUAGUAUGGAACAAGGGGACGGCGGCUCGCCCGAAGAGAGCCCAAAGCCUUCCACGGCCAGCGGGCCAGUUUCGCGUGUCAUGGCAGAGACCCCCAACCCCCAGACCACCAGCUGUGCUGCACGAGAUGCCCACCCGUCACAGCGUGGGAACAGCUGCGUGGACCCCGCCGUUCUGGAAUGGAUGGUGCAGGCUGAGGAUCCGUCGGGGGGUGAGAGGUGGCAGGUGGAGGGGCUGAUACAGGCCUUGCCACAGCCCGUUCACUACUACGAGCUGCUAUGGAGGGACUGGGAAGAUCUGUGUGAUCCGGAGGCGCCCGGCUCUGACCUGUUUGAUUUUACCGUCCUGUCCUACAACAUCCUGGCGCAGGACCUGGUCGUUCAGAACCCGGAGCUGUACUGGCACUGCGCACCAACCAUCCUGGCCUGGGCAUACCGCUGGCAGAACAUCCUGCAGGAGCUGCAGCACUGGGAGGCAGAUAUCCUGUGUCUCCAGGAAGUGCAGGAAGAUCAUUACCGAGAACACGUGCUGCCCAGCCUGUCUGCAAUGGGGUACAGCUGCCACUACAAGCGCCGUACGGGCAGGAAGACAGACGGCUGCUGCACCUGCUUCAAGACCCACCGCUUCUCUCUUCUCUCAGAGAGCCACGUGGAGUAUUUCCGCCCCGGCGUUGACACCUUGAAUCGUGACAAUGUUGGGCUGCUGCUUCUACUGAAUCCUCUGCUGGAAGAGCCGCUGAAAGACAAGUACAGCCCACGGCCGGUGUGUGUGGCCAACACGCACCUUCUCUACAACCCCAGACGAGGGGACAUCAAGCUGGCCCAGCUGGCGCUUCUCCUGGCAGAGAUAGACAGAGUGUCUCGGGCACCAGAGGGCUCUCAUUAUCCGGUUAUCCUUUGCGGAGACCUGAAUGCCACCCCGGAUUCGCCUCUUUAUCGGCUGCUGCGCAGCGGGAUGGUGACGUGCGAGAACCUCCCGACGUGGAAGGUCUCCGGUCAGGAGAAGAAAUGUCCUUCCCCGUAUCCACGGAUGCUUCCAUCUCGGCUUUGGCCAGAAGCUCUGGGUAUCAACCAUUACUGUCAGUAUGGAGCCCCGAGUGCUCCCGACCACUCAGACAGACUCAUGUACAGCCGCCAGCAGCUCCUGCAGCUCCGAUACUGCGACUGCGCCCUCCAGCGCCCCACGGACCUCCCGCUCAUCAAGGGCGUGACGGAUAAUGAGCCAGGUCUCCUUGCAGAGUCUGCAGAUGAUUUUCCGCCAGUGUCGUCGCCCGACGCCCAGACCCCAGGACUGCGGCCCCCCACCGUAUUGCGGCACAGCCUGCAUCUGACCUCUGCGUACAGCCACUUUCUGCCGGCCAAAGGUCGUCCUGAAGUCACCACCAUUCCCGGGGGGGUAGGGAGCACCGUGGACUACAUCUGCUACUCUGCCGAGCCGAUCCCUAUGGGCAGCAUGAGCCACGGCGUGCGGUUCUAUCAGGACAAGGAGCUGAGGCUCCUGGGACGUCUGUGUCUUCUCUCGGAAGAUGAUUUGUGGGCAGCCCACGGCCUCCCGAAUCCCUUCUGCAGCUCGGACCAUCUGUGCCUUCUUGCCCGCUUCGGCCUGGACCUGUCUGCGUCGUGAUGCUGAACGCGGGACCGGCCUGCGGGACGUUCACAGGAGCGACCAUUGAGUUUGAUUUUAAGGAGCGUUGACUCCGGAACGGUCAGUGUUAGGCUUGGGUGUUGUCACUCGGUGUCUCCCGCUAUCUUCCCCAAAGCUGUUCACCCUCUGCCUGCGCAGAGCGAUGCGCAGAAGCUCGCAGGUCGCAUUCACACGCUCCGGACAUUUCCGCAAGCAGUUUAAAGAUUUGUUUGCAGUUGAUGCGGCUGUCGGUCCUGCGUCUGUUUUUCUUCACAACCAACAGGAGUGGGAGGCUUCACGCAGUAC